GGCAGUCAGCUAGCAUGUCCCAGCUUGUCGCCGUGUCGGUGGGAGGAUCUUGCUCGCCUGCCCCGUUUCUUCUCAGCACCCUCUCUGUAAAAUUAGCGAAUACUGCAGCAAGAAGUGAGUGUGUGUGUAUGUGUGUCACGACCAAGCGUAAAGAGCAAGCGGGGAUUAAUAUUUAUAAAAAACCUCUCAUCUGGCUGCUGACAGACAUGGCAGCCAUUCGGAAGAAGCUGGUGAUUGUCGGGGAUGGAGCUUGCGGGAAAACAUGUCUUCUCAUUGUUUUCAGUAAAGACCAGUUUCCUGAAGUCUACGUCCCGACAGUGUUCGAGAACUACAUCGCUGAUAUCGAGGUUGAUGGAAAACAGGUGGAGUUGGCGCUGUGGGAUACUGCAGGCCAGGAGGACUAUGACAGGUUGAGGCCUCUCUCCUACCCUGACACAGAUGUCAUCCUCAUGUGCUUCUCCAUCGACAGUCCAGACAGUUUAGAAAAUAUCCCUGAGAAGUGGACGCCCGAGGUAAAGCACUUCUGUCCUAGUGUUCCCAUCAUCCUAGUGGGGAACAAGAAGGACUUGAGGAACGACGAGCACACACGGAGAGAGCUGGCCAAGAUGAAGCAGGAGCCGGUGAAGAUAGAGGAAGGCCGAGAAAUGGCCAGUAGGAUCAGUGCUUUUGGCUACUUGGAGUGCUCGGCCAAGACCAAGGAUGGCGUGCGGGAAGUGUUCGAGAUGGCUACCAGAGCGGCGCUGCAGGUCAAGAAGAAGAAGAAGAGAAGCGGCUGCACGCUGCUGUGAGCAGCACACACACCAUAAAAUCAACUGAUCAAUAGGAAAAGAAAAAAAGGACUGACCUUUUACCAAACGCAUCUUUGUACUGUAUCUCGCAUUUCACGAUAACACGCAGGCAAAUACGAAUGCAAACAAACCGAAUACAGGAAAUGGACUUUGUCUAUAUUACAACCGUGGUUAGAAAUUGAUGUUUAAAGUUGAUUUGCAUUUUUUUCUUUCAAAAUCUGUCGUCACUCAUAGAAUGUUUUCCUACUUGUUUUACUUUAUAUUUGUAAUGUAACGAGGCAGUGAUAGAUGCACAUAUUUGUAUGCAAUAUUCUUCACGAGCUUGAGCGAGCGGCACCCCUCACAGCCUGUAUAAAGUCUUCAUGAGUGAGAUCCAAAUGGUCCCAUUAGUGUCACCUCGGUUCAUCAUGGUAGUCCUGACCUUUUAACCAUAAGAGCUAGUGCCUUUUUUUUUUUUUUUUUUAAAGUUUGUAUGCCACCGUCUGUUUCUCAUAUUUGUCAGUGAGCUAAAAUUUCAGCUGCGGGGCUCUCCAUUGUACUGUAGCGAGUGUUGUCAUUGUGAAACCAGAGCAAAGCCAUAAUGAAGGCUUUCAGUGCUGUUGACUCAUCAAGCACAACAAAUGGUGUCAUUAUUGUCUGUCAUUUCCCAUUAAGGAAAAAAGAAGUAGCUGCCUCAUGUUAAAAAAUGAGAGAUUCUGUUUAAGAUCUGAUUAAUUGCAUGCAUCCUUCAAAACUAUGCGCAGUGGACCUAGAUGGGGGGAUGAGAACCAGCCAAUCGAGACACAAGCCAAUAUGACUCAACUAUGCACAAUGGCUGUUAGGACCAACAGGGAGAUGACACAGCUGACAGAAAUA